UGAUGUUGAGCUCAACGAACUGUCUGCAUUGUGUUUUUCAUUACUGUACGGAAUAACAGAUUUACUGAUUGAUUUUCAAUUUUGCACAAUGUCAUCUAGAAAUUCAAGUCCAUUGCCAAUGCACCAGAGAACCAUCAGGAAAAGGAAACCCGGAAAACUUUCUGGUAUAGACAGACAAAGGAGCAGAGAGUGCCUGAAAACAUGUGGCUUCUUGUUAAUCCACACAGUCAUGAUGACAAUCAGGAACCAAAGCCAAGGAACCGAACUUUUUGGGUAUAUGAAAGAGAUGCUUCACAGCAUUUUCUUCCUGGGAUACAUCCAUGAAGACUGCUUACAUCCCAAAGACUUUUUCCCAGCAAACAUCCCUGCAGAUUAUGAAAGAAUGAGCCGUAUGUUUCCUGAUGCAUUCCAGCAGUACAAUAGUCACCUGCCAACUCGAACACCCUUCUCCAUUCUGCUUGAACUGAUGGAGAUAUUCUAUGAGACUGAAGAGAGAAUAAAACAGGAGCUUGCAAUUCUGUUGAAGAGCAUGAAAUUUCCAAACCCUCUACACAAAGAAGGCAGUAAAUAUGAGCAAUUUUACACACUGGAGUCAACGGUCAUCUGUGUUUGUUACUCCAAUUUGGAUUCACGGAAAUAUUAUGGAGCAUCUUUUUGCUGCAGGAAAGGAAAUGCCAAGACAAUCCUAAUUGAUCUGUCUUGUCUUAAAACCUGGCAUGAAUAUGUUUCUCAUGCAGUCAUGUCGUUUCAUGGUGGAGCUUCUGGUGAUGGAAUAACUUUCCCUACAGAACUGAAAUACAAGGCAUUUUAUAGAGACUGGAAAGAAAAUGUUUACAAUGAGAAACGACCCUGUGCAAACUGUAAAAAACUGUUCAAUCUGCCAAAUGCAGACCCUGAUAAAGUAGAACAUCCUUUUGGGAACUGUGCUGAGACUGAGUGCCUGAGCAAACUCCUGAAGAAUGAUCAAUACAUGCAGCAGAAAGCAAUGAUUCCAAAUCACUCAGAGGAACAUUUAGAGAAUCUCAGAAAUGUGACAAAGGAACGACUGACAAGGGAGCUUGGGAAGGUUGGCAUUGAAGUUACUGAUAGUAACUUUCUCUUUUACAACCCAUCUUAAAAGUUGAAACCAGGAAAAGAUUGAUAUAGCAGGCACUCAGCAGGAUGUUUUAUUUUAUUUUAUUUUAUUUUUUAAUUCUCUGCAGAAAAUAAUAUGUACAUAUGUAGAAUUAAGUCUUAAAGAAUGAACUGGUUGCCCUUUCCCAAUACUUUUUCUGAAAUAUUAGUAUUACUAUUUUAUAUUUUUGCAUAUUACUAUUGCUUAUUGAAUAAGUAAUAUCUUGGUGAAUACCAUUCUACAGUAAAACAUGGCACAGAAUUUUACCUGAGUUCAUGUAACACAUCUAUUAGUUCUUUUCUACAGAGUUUCCCAAAAUAAGACCAAGAAUCAUUCAAUUGUUGUGGCCAUAUUUUAGCAAUCUAAAAUUAUUUUAGCAAUCUGUGUGGUGAGCUGUCACCCGCACACCACACAGCUUGAUUUAGGCUGUGUCUUCACUAUCAUAAUGAUGGGCAAAAGACAUGUCUUAAUUCUCCUAAUUAACCAUGGGUGUGUUUUUUGUGUAAUGUGAGAUAAACUUUAAGCGUGUCACUUGCCAUUCUCUUUAAGAGCCAGGUGUGCUAUGACUUUGCUAUUUUUGAAUUGCUAUUUUAACGGCACAGCUACUAGAGCUAAGAUCAGGCCCAAACAAUCCAGCCCUGAGCCAGUGCACGUUCUAUGUUCUGCCCGAGCCCAACCCGACCCAUAAACUCUCCUUUUGAGCCUGAGCCCAAAUUAAACCCGAAAUUUUUAAAAUAAUAUUUGGACUAUUU